GGUCUGGUCUUAAGAGAUAGGUUGUGAUUGAUUACACCAAGGCAGGAAAUCUGGUAUGGCAAAGAUCUUUUGGGUUGCAAUUGAUUAUACAAAGGCAGGAAGUCUGAUUUUGCAGUAUCUUUCAGGCCGUGGGAAACCCCCAUUUUACAAACUGGUAUCAAAUACAAUUUACAAAAAACACAAUAUUCACAACAGGGGAUUUAAACAGAAUGAUUUAAUCGUAUAUAUUUUUCUCUAUCUAAUGUCCAUGCUUCAUUUCAGACGUGAGUAUUCUGGUUUAUACAAACCCCAAAGCUUUUAUGAUUAACACAAUUCUUUCAUCAAUUAUCACAGCUUUUUUUGGGGAAAGGGUUUGUUUGUUUUUAUUUGGCUUUUUUUGUAUGUUUUUUAUUUGGUUGGGUUUUUUGUUUGUUGUUUUGUUUUUUGUUGUUGUUGGUUGGUUGGGGGGCGUUUUUUGGUUUUGUUUUUCCUUUGGUUUGGGUUUUUGUUUGAUUAUGUCUUGGUUAGGUUUUUUAUUUUGGGGGGUUAGUUUUUUUAUUAUUUUUAUUAUAUUUGUUGGUUAGUUGGUUUGGGGGAUUUUUUUUUUGUAGUUGUGUGAUUUUUGUUGUAGUUUGUUUGGGUUUUCUGAUUCUGUUUUUGUGGGGUUUGGUUUUGGUUUUUAGCUUUGGGUUGGUUAGGGUUGGGUUUUUUGUAACGAAGGGCUGAAGGCGCUGCACACCGCGGACUACAUCCCCCAGCGUGCACCGCGGCGCUCGGUGACGUUCCGCCUUCCAUUGGUCCAGAGCCGCGCAGGGGCGUAUCCACUUCCGCGUGGCUCUAAAGCUACGGCUGGGACGGGGGUGCUGCUCGGAGCGUGAUUGGCUGGAGCCGCCGCGUUUGCCGGACUGUGCUUUGCGGAGCGCGUGAAGCGCGGCGCGGCCAUGAUGGCAGACGGCGCCGGCGAGGGGGCGCUUGGGGCCGGGUGUCGGGACCCGGAUCCGGCUUUGACUCCGACGUGGGCUCUAGCGCUGACCCGGACCCCAGCGCCGAUCCCGGCCUCGACACCCUCUUUGUCUCUGGCCCCAGAGUCUCUUCAAGCUCUGCAGGACCUGACCGGCGAUGGAGGGGUGCUCAAGGAGCAGCUGCGCCCCGGCGUCGGGCUGCUUGUGCCCCCAUCCGCCUCCGUGGCAGUGAAGUACUCCGGGUACCUGGGAAAUUGGAAUAAGCUCUUCUGUUCAAACGGGAGCAACAAGUAUCCAAGGCUAAUGAAACUUGGAAAAGACAUCACACUGUGGGGGCUGGAGAUCGGGCUGCUGUCUAUGACCAAAGGAGAGGCUGCGCUGUUCAUCCUCACUCCAGAAUAUGCCUAUGGCCAGCGGGGAUGUCCUCCCUCCAUCCCCCCAAACACGACGGUCCUCUUCAAGGUGGAGGUGCUGGACUUCAUAGACUCAGAGGAGUGCGACGCGUUCUUUGAGUUGACUUGUGAACAGCGGGAUAGACUUCCUCUAGAGAAGGUGUUGAAAGUGGCAGCCACAGAGAGAGAGUUUGGCAACUACUUCUUCUAUAAGCAGUGCUUCAAGAUUGCCAAGAACAGAUACAAGAGGGCGCUCUCCAUCCUGGGUCACAGCUCCUCCAGUAAGGCAGAGCAGAGCCAGAUCAACGCUUCCAAACUGCUGCUGUUCCUGAAUCUCUCACUCACUUACCUGAAACUGGAACGUGCUGACCGAGCUUUGAAAUACGGGGAGUUAGCCUUGGAGAUGGACCAAGGAAAUGCCAAAGCACUGUUCAGGUGUGGUCAGGCUUGUCUCCACAUGAAGGAGUACAGAAAAUCACGGGAUUUCCUGGCUAGAGCUCAAUGCAUCCAGCCCUUCAACCGUGAUAUCAACAAUGAACUGAAGAAGUUGGCAAGGCUCUUGGCAAAAUGUCCUGGAGAACAACAGGCAGAAUCCAGGGUGAGAGGUACUACAAGGAGUACAUGGAAAUGGAGAGAGAAAUGUGCUGCCAGAUGUUCAACCGUCUCAAUUCUUAUGGCUGAGAAGAAAUCAAGGACCGUUCCAGCUGUCCGGCUCCUGGUACAUGGAGAUCUCAGCAUCACAUGCAAGUUUUGGGAAAAGGGGCAGGAGCAUUGUUUUACUUUGAGGGAUGGAAGUGAAGGUUCAAUGUUUGUACACAACCUGAUUUUCCUGAAGUUUGGUUUGUUUGCCAUGUUUUGA